CUUGUUAUGAGUUGUCGAGGACCUGUUGAAAAUGUCGCAACUUACAGAAGAAAAAAGAGAACAACCAUCCCUCUCGAUAAGCAAUCGAAUUAUUGGUGAGGCUUUUCCAGUAUUUUUCAUCGCUGAAAUUGGGCAAAACCACCAAGGCGACAUCAACAUCGCAAAGAAAUUAAUAGAUGAAGCUAAAAAAUGCGGAGCAGACUGCGUGAAAUUCCAAAAAACGAAUUUGAGCGAGAAAUUCACACAAAAGUUCCUGGAAAUGCCUUAUUCAUCUUCGAAUUCUUGGGGAAAAACUUACGGCGAACAUAAGGAAUUUCUAGAAUUCACUCCUGAACAAUUCCUGGAGUUACAACGAUAUGCUGCGGAGAAGGAAAUCCUUUUCAGCGCUUCAGCGAUGGAUAUUGAAUCCUUCCAUUAUUUAGAAAAGAUUCAAGUUCCGUUUAUAAAAAUUGGUUCAGGAGACGCUAACAACAUUCAGCUAUUAAAAGUAGCAAGCAGUUAUCCAGGGCCGUUGGUUAUAUCAACCGGUAUGCAACCAUUCGAAUACGUGAAGCAAAUAUAUAAACUUAUGAAAGAAAACGGGAAGGAAAAUUUCGCAUUUCUUCACUGCGUCUCCUCAUAUCCUACUCCUCUCGAGGAUAUCAACUUAAAAGUUAUCGAAUUGUACAAGAAGAACUUUCCCGAUAUUGUAAUUGGUUAUUCUGGACAUGAAAUUGGAAUUGAUGUUUCCAUUGCUGCAGCAGUCCUAGGAGCUCGAAUCAUAGAAAGACAUAUAACAUUAGAUCGUAGUCAAAAAGGAUCAGACCAUAAAUGCUCUUUAUUACCGGAAGAAUUUCAAGAAAUGAUCGAAAAAACCAGAAUUGUUCAGAUUUCACUGGGUGCACCUCGAAAAAUCAUUGCACCUUCAGAGUUACCUUGUUGGAAUAAAUUAGGAAAAUGCAUUGUGGCCUCAAGAAAGUUGACGCAGGGUCAAAAAAUCAAGGAAGGAGAUUUAAAAACUAAAGUGACACAUCCAAAAGGAAUCAACGCCAUAUAUUACGAAGAUAUUAUUGGUUCUAUAUUAAAACGAGAUUUGAAUCCUGAUGAUUUAAUAUUUCAGGAGGAUUUUCAGAAAUAGAUAAGCAACUUCAGUUUGAACAAUUUUAUUUACAAUGAUUUAUAAAAUGACUAUAAAAAGGUUAUUUAA